ACGGUCUAGAAUGUUUAAACAAACAAAAUGACAAUGUACUAUCAACUCACAUCAUUUACUAGAGCAACAACGUCAACCGGGAUAUUCUGCUGGUUGAGACUGUCUUGAAGUUGCUUAACGACAUCCUUACCAACGGCAUUUUUCGCUUUAAACCCUUUGGUAAAUCCAAUGAGCUUUCCUGAGUUUAUCGCUGACUGAUCGACAGGAAAACUAGAAGAUUAUGAGUUACAGAUAUGAUGUAAUAGGUGGACCAACGAGAAAGUGAAACCGAGCGGGAUUCGCUUGGAGUCUUUAGACUCAGACUUGGUAGACAAGAAAUGGCCGAUGGAUUUUGCCAUAUAAUCGAACAAGUGAGCAAAUUCGCCUGUUUUAAGAUCCUCAGAAAUCUUGUACUUCUCUUGAGUGAUUGUAAAUUGCUUAUCGCCGGAGAGGAUGAUCUCACAAACACGCAUAUUAGUACCGCCGAGGUCUAAACUGAGGUAUGUCCCCUGCUCAGUGCCAUCAGGGAUACCGUAGACGUAGGUUGGAAUCAUGGAUACAUCGGUACCGUGGUUGUUCAAACCGUCUCGGAAUUCACGUUGGAUUUCUUGCUUUAUUUUUGUUAAUCCUGCGUCUUCAAUUAUAAAUUUAUCUUUCCACAUCGUUGUUAAGGGCCACCAAGAGUUGAAUUGAGGUAUGACGAUCAAGCAAGUCCUAAAAGGGAAAAAUCUAUCAAAUAUAAAAAAUAGCUUUUACAAUAGUAUCAUAGACGGUAGAUCAAUAUCACCAUAUAAUCAACGCUUGAUAGUCUCCAGAUUUGUAAAUAAUGAUUUCGACUUCGUGUUGAGCUUUCUAAGUAUUUUGAAAGGAUAUACCCAUUUGGAUAGCAGGCUACUCAAUCACACGAUAUCUACUAUACCCCCAAACGACUUGCAUGACAGACUCGACGACCUUAAACUUUUCAAUCUAGACAUAGAGAACUACAACCUCAUCUUGAAGAGGUUCAGCAAAUUCAGUAGACGUCAUUGCGUAGAGCUCUUUGACAAUCUAGCCGCAUCCGAUAAUGUAAACAACAAAUCGUACAAAUACGUCGUGAAAUCUAUACUUAAUCAGCCUCAAAAUACAUCACUGGAUUACGUUAUCAUCAACAGAUUAUAUCGACAUAUUGACAGCUUCGAUGAGUCGCUCACGAGGCAGCUAUUAGAGCUUUUUAUAAUGGCAGAAGACACUCAAAAUAGUCUAGAGUUAUAUUACAAUCAUAAAUUACUACUGGAUAACGUCUCGGUAUUUAAGCUAGUCAACUUCUUCAUUAAAUUCGAUAAAUCAGCUGCAUUGGAUAUACUAAACGAUUGGUUGAGAUUUAACGAGCUCACACCAUCAUUACACCUCCUAGAAUUGAAAUUAACUAACAGUAGUUAGUCUUGGUAUCUUUGGUCUAUCCUUAUCCACUUCAUUUAGUGGUUUCAUUUUGAUAGUGUCAUUUUUUAGACUAACUAGCGGUCCAUUCUCGUAAUAAUCCACAAUAUUACCAACACGCAUACGAUGCCUUCCUUCUUCUGCUCUUACGUGCGAUUCAAAUUCAAUUCUCACUUCGUUUCGGUCCCUAGUUCCGACUUCAUCAACCUCACCUUCAACUUCAGUCAUAUUGAUUCUACCCUUCUGUGGUCUUCUCUUUUUCCUAUUCAUUCUAGUUAUACGUUUGAAUAUCCAAAAUCCAAGAAAUGUGAGUCCACAGGGCACUAAAGUGCUGUUCAAUUGAUAAAAUUUAUCUGGAGAGACAACUCACAUAACAUUAUGAGAGCUUUAAUAGGGGGUGUCACUUUCAAAUCAUACCCGCACAAAACACUAAGUAUAAAUUAAUCAGAAAGAUCUCAAUUGUAUUAAUAAUUGCAUACUAUUUAGCGC